UCCCCCCUGUUAAAACGUAUCCACGGUGAUAGCUUCCACUUGGUUCAUAACCAGUUUUGAUAUUUCUGACAUCCUUUGAAGGAGCCAUGUUGUGUGACGUUGCCGGAGAAAACGAAACUUACUGUGGCUGAAUUGAAACAGCCCAGACGUACGAAGGACAAGACGUGGAAGUAAAGUUGAGAUGAAAAAGAAAAAUAUAUAGUAUCCUUGCACUUUGUGCUCGUAAUUUAACUGACAUUCCGACUAGUCAUUUAUAAUGAACGUAGCUAAACUGAACGAGUAUGCACAGAGACAACGCUUGGAGCUGAAAUAUGAGGACGUUGGAUCCGUUGGCCCUGAUCACAUUAAAACAUUUACCGUAAGAGCAGUUGUGGAUGGCAAGGUGUAUCCUGAUGGCGUGGGGAAGAACAAGAAGGAAGCCAAACAGAACGCUGCAAGAAAUGCACUGAGAUGCUUGUUGGAGGAACCAAUUGACCCUACUGGAGAAGAGAAAUACAGUGGCACGCCAAGCAAACCAAAGGAGGAAUCGAAUCAAAAUGUGUUGGACAUCUGUGAAAAGACAAAGAGCUUGAGUGUGAGAACUACAGGCGAAGUUUUUACAGACACAAAUUACAUUGGAAUGAUCAACAGCCACUGUCAGAGAACAAAGCUCUCCCAUGACUACAUCUUAGAGAAAAGAUGCGGUCCACCUCAUAACCCUCAGUUUUUCUACAAACUAGUGAUCAACAAUAAGGAGUACCCUGUGGGUGAGGGUAAGAGUGCCAAGGAAGCCAAACAGAAAGCAGCUCAGCUGGCCUUGUCUGCUCUUCAAGAACAGACAGACUGGGACAGCAAGGUAUCUGUUUGGCCAGCUGUGUCUGAAGACAGUGCGCCAGCCAAGCUGUCCACCCCACCGAGCACACCGGAGUCCCAUGAUGCAAAAUCAGUACGCACGCCAACAACUACAAGUGACUCAGCAGUUUUCACCGAUUCAUUGAAUCCUCCCAAGGAUCAGAUUAAAAGUCCUGAUGUGAAGCCCAAAAUAAGAAUUGCAGCAAAUUUCCAAAAUGCCUGCAGAAAGAGCAAAGAGGAUAUGGUCAAUUUCAAUGGCAAGAAUACAGAUAAUAGUCAGAGUGAGAAAGCAACAACCCAGGCAGCGAUCUCAAGGUUUACGUUAGAUUUUGACUCGAUAGUGUCUCUCGGCAAAGGGGCCUUUGGUCAAGUUUCCAAGGCAAAACAUAAGCUGCUGAAGAAGUAUUAUGCUGUAAAGAUUGUCCGCUGCAAAGAAAUAAAAAAAGCUCUACGAGAGGUGAGGGCAUUAUCAGACCUCCAUCACGGCAACAUUGUUCGAUACUACACAUGUUGGUUGGAGGAUUCAGGAUACCAAUGGGAAAAGACAGAUGACAGUGGCACCAAUUCACAGUCGACUGGUAAUUCAUUGGUAAAGUACCUUUAUAUUCAGAUGGAGCUGUGUGACACCAGAACCCUUAGAGUGUGGAUCGACGAGAAGAAUAUUCAGAAUGUGAAGAAAUCUCUGCGAGACUCCAAAAGAAGAGAUGAGAGUCUAAUUAUUGCUCAGCAAAUGGUCAGUGCAGUCGAGUACAUUCACUCUAAGAUGCUCAUCCACAGAGACCUGAAGCCUGCCAACAUCAUGUUUGGGCAAGAUGGAGAAGUGAAGAUCGGAGACUUUGGUCUGGUCACUGCUGAGAACAAUGACGAUGCUGAGAACCUGUUGGAGAGAUCCGUGUACAAAGGAACCCCAUCCUACAUGGCUCCUGAGCAGAAGAGAAAGAACACUUAUGACCGAAAAGUGGACAUAUUUGCUUUGGGUUUGAUAUAUUUUGAGCUCCUUUGGAACCUCUCUGUCGGCAACGAAAGGAAUGUGAUUUGGGAUGAUGCCAGAAACCAGAAAUUUCCUCAAAGAUUUCCACAUAAUUUUCCCCUGGAGACCAAAAUCAUUAAGUCAAUGCUGUGUGCGAAUCCAGAAGACCGACCUGAAGCAAGUAAACUAAAGGUGGACUUGGAAGAGUGCACUCCUACAAUUACAAUGUUUAAAGAUAUGCGUCGUGACAGUAGGACUGUCUGAUUAUUACAAGGAAAAGCAAUCAGCAAAGCAUCAGUCAUCACAAGCAAGACUAUUCAGCAUCAAAUAGUCCAUAGUACUUUAAAGGACAAAUCUGGCGCAAAAUGAACCUAGGGGUUAAUAACACAUGUCUACCAAGUUUGACCG